AUGAAGAGUUACUUGGAAAAUGUUUUGAGACGAGCAAUAGGAGUUAAUUGUACUAUAGCUGAGCGUGGUUUGGCUUUCAGAGGAGCAAAUGAGAAAUUCGGAUCUUUGUUAAAUGGAAAUUAUUUAGGACUCCUAGAGCUGAGAUGGAAGAUUCUGAAAGGAUGUCUUGGGAAUGAAACGCCGGUAAAAUCCCUUUCCGACACCAGAUGGAAAGCACAUGCUGUUGCAACUGAAGCUAUUCUCAGAUCUUAUUCUCAGAUUAUAGAAGCGUUAGAAUGCAUACAAGGCAUACAAAAAGACCAUUUGCAGAAGGGGGACACAAGAAGAGAAGCGGAAAACAUUGUAAAGGAAAUGCAAAAAUUAGAAUUAGUUUCCGUGCUUACACUGAUUGUUGAUGGUAAUGCCCCUGAGGUAUCUCUGAAUGCCAGAGACAAAUUUUGUACAUUUGCUUUCCACAUUAUUGUUGACAAACUUGAGACGGAGUUGAGUAAAUGA